AGGUUGGGAGAGCGUUGGAGCAGCGAGUGAGCAGGGCGAGCGCGGAGCCAGGAGGAGGGGCGCGCGAGGGGGCGCGGGGCGCCGCGAGGGCCUGCUCCGUGCACUUGCACACCAGCAGCGCGCAGAGGGAUCGCCCCGCUGGCCCGCCAGCCCCGGGCCACCACGCGCAAGAGAGGCGCAGAGCCCGGGGCGCUGGGGGCGCAGGCGGGGGUGGGGAGAUUGUUAUUCUGCCAUCGCCCUCCCCGCCUCUGCCCCAGAACCACUCCCAGGAAAACUCCACGGCUGGGAAGACGCCCCCGAACCGCCCCGGCCUGUGCAGGCGGCGGUGCGCGGAGGGCGGGCGCGGACCACCUCCCCCAACCCGACCCGGGCUGAAGCCGAGAGGUGCGCCGCGGCGCGGGCGGCAGACGGCGGCCCCGGGAGCCCGGACGGCGCCCGCGGGGGCUGCCCCAAUGGGGUGUGGUGGUGAGUGAGCAGGAGCAGCCCGGUGGACAAGGAUGGAGGACCACACCCAAGAGGGCGCCCCCAAGUGAUGCCCCCCACCCCCUCGUAGAAUGACUGCCUUGGGAGGGUGGCUGUCCAGCCCUGGGCAGGGCUGCUGACCUUCAGCUUGCCAGCCGCUGAGAGCAGAGUACUCCAGGCUCUUCUUUUGGAUGGUUCCCUGCCCUGCAAAUCCACCAUGAGGCUCCUCGUGGCCCCCCUCUUGCUAGCGUGGGUGGCUAGCGCCACUGCUGCUGUGCCCGUGGUUCCCUGGCGUGUGCCCUGCCCCCCUCAGUGUGCCUGCCAGAUCCGGCCCUGGUAUACACCCCGCUCAUCCUACCGAGAGGCCACCACCGUGGACUGUAAUGACCUAUUCCUGACGGCCGUGCCCCCGGCACUGCCCGCAGGCACACAGACCCUGCUGCUGCAGAGCAAUGGCAUCAUGCGCGUGGACCAGAGCGAGCUGGGCUACCUGGCCAACCUCACAGAGCUUGACCUGUCCCAGAACAGCUUUUCAGAUACCCGUGACUGCGAUUUCCGCGCCCUGCCCCAGCUGCUGAGCCUGCACCUCGAGGAGAACCAGCUGACCCGGCUGGAGGACCACAGCUUCGCAGGGCUGGCCAGCCUACAGGAGCUGUACCUCAACCACAAUCAGCUCUACCGCAUUGCCCCCAGGGCCUUCGCUGGCCUCAGCAACCUGCUGCGCUUGCACCUCAACUCCAACUUGCUGAGGGCCGUUGACAGCCGUUGGUUCGAGAUGCUGCCCAACCUGGAGAUCCUCAUGAUUGGCGGCAACAAGGUGGAUGCCAUCCUGGACAUGAACUUCCGGCCCCUGGCCAACCUGCGCAGCCUGGUGCUGGCGGGCAUGAACCUGCGGGAGAUCUCUGACUAUGCCCUAGAGGGGCUGCAAAGCCUGGAGAGCCUCUCCUUUUAUGACAACCAGCUGGCUCGGGUGCCCAGGCGGGCACUGGAGCAGGUGCCCGGGCUCAAGUUCCUAGACCUGAACAAGAACCCGCUCCAGCGGGUGGGGCCUGGGGACUUCGCCAAUAUGCUGCACCUCAAGGAACUGGGUUUGAAUAACAUGGAGGAGCUGGUCUCCAUCGACAAGUUUGCCCUGGUCAACCUCCCCGAGCUCACCAAGCUGGACAUCACCAACAACCCCCGGCUGUCCUUCAUCCACCCACGCGCCUUCCACCACCUGCCCCAGAUGGAGACCCUCAUGCUCAACAACAACGCUCUCAGUGCCUUGCACCAGCAGACGGUAGAGUCCCUGCCCAACCUACAGGAGGUGGGUCUCCAUGGCAACCCCAUCCGCUGUGACUGCGUCAUCCGCUGGGCCAAUGCCACGGGCACCCAUGUCCGCUUCAUCGAGCCACAGUCCACUCUGUGCGCCGAGCCACCCGACCUCCAGCGCCUCCCAGUCCGAGAGGUGCCCUUCCGGGAGAUGACAGAUCACUGCUUGCCCCUCAUCUCCCCCCGGAGCUUCCCCCCCAGCCUCCAGGUUGCCAGUGGUGAGAGCCUGGUGCUGCACUGCCGGGCGCUGGCUGAACCAGAGCCCGAGAUCUACUGGGUCACUCCAGCUGGGGUUCGACUGACAGCUGCCCGUGUAGGCAGGAGGUAUCGGGUGUACCCCGAGGGAACCCUGGAGCUGCGGAGGGUGACGGCAGAAGAGGCAGGGCUGUACACCUGCGUGGCCCACAACCUGGUGGGGGCUGACACCAAGACAGUCAGCGUGGUGGUUGGCCGGGCUCCCCGUCGGCCGGACCGGGACGAGGGGUGGGGGCUGGAGCUCCGGGUGCAGGAGACCCACCCCUAUCACAUCCUGCUGUCUUGGGUCCCCCCACCCAACACAGUCGCCACCAACCUCACCUGGUCCAGUUCCUCCUCCUUCCGGGGCCAGGGGCCCACAGCUAUGGCCCGCCUCCCUCGGGGCACCCACAGCUACAAUAUCACCCGCCUUCUUCAGGCCACCGAGUACUGGGCCUGCCUGCAAGUGGCCUUUGGAGAUGCCCACACCCAGGUGGCCUGUGUCUGGGCCAGGACUAAAGAGGCUGGUCCUUGCCACAGAGGCUUCGGGGACCGACCCGGGCUCAUUGCCAUCCUGGUUCUCGCCAUCCUCCUGCUGGCGGCUGGGCUAGUGGCCCACCUUGGCACUGGCCAACCCAGGCAGGGGCUGGGUGGGCGGUCUCUCCUUCCAGCCUGGGCUUUCUGGGGCUGGAGUGCCCCCUCAGUCCGGGUGGUGUCUGCACCCCUUGUUCUGCCCUGGAAUCCAGGGAGAAAGCUGCCCAGGGCCUCAGAAGGGGAGACCCUGUCACCACUGUUGACACAAAAUUCCUGAAGCUAAGCCCUUUCACAGCAGCAGAGAAAUAAUUGGGACUACUUCUUAUCAAAAGGGAAGCAAUCUGGGCCAGAUGCCCUGCAAGAAAGUGACAUGGACCCACGUGCUCGAGGCCUGGCAGCUAGACGAAGACAGACAGGGCUUCUGGCCCCAGGGGGUGCUCCUGCAGCCUCCAAAAUAUUGCCCCUAUUUGCUGGGGGUUCCUCUGCUGCCAUUCUGAGGAGCAUCUCCAUGGGACAGGAAGGCCUGCGGCUGGAGCUUCCCACCUCCCCGGUUGUCUGGGAGCCAGGGGCUCCCGGGCUGCCUGGAUGUCCCCUGCCUGUGCCCCCAGGCCCUCGGCCCACAGGAUGCGUCCCCUCCUCUUCUCUCUCUUUGUACAGUCUCAGUUGCUUGCUCUUUCCCCUCCUGGGCAAGGACUGAAGGAGGCUUCUCCUCCCCAUCUUGGGGGACUGCUCCAAGUGGCCCCCACUGGAUCUGAAGGACAUUUGGGAAGAGGGGUGCUGGGAACGCCUCCUUCCGGCAGCCUGGGCCCGGCACUCUGAGGUUGACUUUCUAUAGGCAAUUUUGUACCUUUGUGGAGAAAUGUGUCACCUCCCCCCAACCCAAUUCACUCUUUUCUCCUGUUUUGUAAAAAAUAAAAAUAACAAUAACAAUAAUAAGGGGCAAAGAAAAUGAAAGGAA